AUGUAUGGGCGCUACACCCAAGACCUGGGAGCGUUUGCCAAGGACGAAGCGGCUCGCGUCCGGCUGCAGCAGGAGCGCUGGAAAUUUUCCCCGAAAGAGCGGCUGCGCUCCUCCGAGUUUCUGGAGUACGACCACGGUCGCUGUGCUUGUUGCCGUAUCUGUACUGUGCGGUGCCAAAAGUUCCUCAUCUCCAAAGUGGGCGAAGACUGGAUCUUCCUGAUCCUGUUGGGUCUGCUGAUGGCCUUGGUAAGCUGGGCCAUGGACUUUGCUAUAGCAACUUGCCUGCAAGCCCAGAAGUGGAUGUACGGCGGGUUGGAUACCAACGUCUUCUUGCAAUACAUGGCUUGGAUUACCUACCCCAUUGUGCUCAUCACUUUCUCUGCUGGCUUUACUCAGAUCUUAGCCCCGCAGGCGGUGGGCUCUGGCAUCCCAGAAAUGAAAACUAUCCUGCGUGGAGUGGUGCUGAAGGAAUACCUUACCCUCAAGACCUUCGUGGCCAAAGUCAUUGGACUGACCUGUGCCUUAGGCAGCGGGAUGCCUUUGGGGAAAGAGGGACCCUUUGUCCACAUAGCCAGCAUGUGUGCAGCCCUCCUCAGCAAGUUCCUUUCCGUCUUUGGAGGCAUUUACGAGAAUGAAUCCCGCAAUAUUGAGAUGUUGGCGGCUGCUUGCGCGGUGGGCGUUGGGUGCUGCUUCGCUGCUCCCAUUGGCGGUGUCCUUUUCAGCAUCGAAGUCACUUCCACGUUUUUUGCUGUCCGCAACUAUUGGCGCGGCUUCUUCGCGGCCACCUUCAGCGCGUUCAUCUUCCGGGUCCUUGCGGUGUGGAACAAAGAUGAAGAAACCAUCACGGCUCUUUUCAAAACCCGCUUCCGGCUGGACUUCCCCUUUGAUCUGCAAGAGCUGCCGGCUUUUGCAGUGAUUGGGAUCGCCAGUGGCUUCGGAGGAGCCCUCUUUGUCUACUUCAAUCGCAAAAUUGUGCAAUUCAUGCGUAAGCAGAAGACCAUCAACCGUUUCCUGAUGAAAAAGCGCUUGCUUUUUCCUGCUCUCGUCACCUUCCUCAUAGCAACGCUGACUUUCCCACCUGGUUUCGGACAAUUCAUGGCAGGCCAG